GCCAUUUUCGGCGUUGUUACGGGACUACAGCAUGCUGUUGUCAAAAAGAUAAUAAGACUACUAUUUCAAGUUGUAAGAAAUCGUUUUCAUUAUCCAUUGGCAAUGGGGCGAAAAAAGAAGAAGCAGAUGAAGCCAUGGUGCUGGUACUGUAAUCGAGACUUUGAUGAUGAAAAGAUCCUCAUUCAGCAUCAGAAGGCAAAGCAUUUUAAAUGCCAUAUUUGUCACAAGAAGUUGUACACAGGCCCAGGAUUGGCUAUUCAUUGCAUGCAGGUACACAAAGAGACGAUUGACAGUGUUCCAAAUGCAAUUCCUGGAAGAGUUGACAUUGAGCUGGAGAUCUACGGUAUGGAGGGGAUUCCAGAGAAAGACAUGCAGGAAAGAAGACGAACAUUAGAACAGAAAUCACAAGAGAGUCAAAAGAAGAAGUCAAACAAUCAGGACGACUCUGAUGAGGAUGAUGAUGAUGAUGAUGAAGCAGGACCAUCAGUUCCGCAGCCGGCUGUUGUCCAGCCCCAGCAAAGCUACGCUGCUCCAAUGGCCCAGCUCGGGAUGCCUCCUGUGGCUGGCGUACCUGUGAUGCACCCUGGAGCAUAUCAAGGCAUGCCUCCCAUGAUGCCGGGCGUUCCUCCCAUGAUGCACGGCAUGCCCCAUGCCAUGCAUGGAAUGCCACCUGGCAUGAUGCAAAUGGGUGGAAUGAUGCCUCCCAUGAUGCCAGGGAUGCCUGGUAUGCCACACGGAAUGCCCCAUCACAUGGCUCCCAGGCCAGGGAUGCCCCACAUGGCCCAGGCAGUGGGAGUGAUGGCCAGCCGACCGGCGGUCCCAGGGGUCCAGCCCGCCGUCUCCAAACCUCUUUUCCCCAGUGCAGCGCAGAUGGGCGCUGUGUGCAGCACAGCAGCUGUUUCUUCUCCAGCUGCAGACCUUCAGUCUGCCUCCUCCCAGCCUCCCUUUCCUAACACGCCUCAAGCCCAGCAGAGCACUUCAGGAGUUCCAGCUUCAAACCCUCACAGUGCCGCCUCCUCCGACCCUCCCAAAGCAACAUUCCCUGCCUACACCCAGCCCUCUGUCUCCUCUUCCACUUCUUCUUCUAAUCCCUCUAGCGGCGCUGUGGCCAAACCCCCGGCCACAGUGGCCACCAAGCCCGCCACCCUCACCACCACGAGUGCAACUAGUAAGUUGAUCCAUCCUGAUGAGGAUAUCUCACUGGAAGAGAUGAAGGCACAGUUGCCUCGUUACCAGCGUCUCACGGCCCGGCAGGGUCAGGCCCAUGUGGCUGCCCCCCCGGUGGUGUCUGUGGGCGGGAUAAUGCCCCCACAGCAAGGAAUGCCACCACAGCAGCCCGGCAUGAGGCAUCCCAUGCAUGGUCAGUAUGGCGCCCCUCCUCAGGGCAUGCCCAGCUACAUGCCUGGGGGGAUGCCUCCUUAUGGGCAGGGUCCUCCUAUGGUGCCCUCUUACCAGGGAGGCCCUCCCAUGGGCAUGAGGCCGCCCGUCAUGUCUCCGGCAGGACGCUACUGAAGCAGCAAAGCAGCCACCACAUUAGGUUUGAGGUUCACACCUUUCUCUCAUCCUUGUGCUUUUUCAAACCUAGCUGCAAGCAAAGAGCAGUAAGACCAGUGGCGGUGAAGACAAACGUUGUUUGUUAGAACUAAUGGACAUUUAAUGUAACAUCUUUAUUGGAAACAGCCAAACACCACUCAACUUCCUGAAAGUUAUGUCGUUGUCAUUUGAUUACAUGUGAGGAUAUAUUUUUCCCCCCUUAGGUUUCACUCAGGUUUAUAGAGGUGAAGUGUUAAAAUGAUUCAUAUUUCUUUUGAAGCUGCUGGAGUUACAUGAACGUACCAACCCCUUACAAAGGCAAGUUUCUCUUGUAAACAUUUGAUUCUUUUUUUUUUCGGUAGCUUGAUUGAGGCCCUCACAGCAUGCUUAGGUGCUGUUGGACUUGCGUCCCCAACCUUGGUUGGUGAGGGUCUCAGUGAUGAAAAUGAUUCCAACUAAGUAGUGUUAUAAAUUCAUGACUCAUCAGUCUCUAGCUUUAUCCUUAUUUCAGGUUUGUUUUUAAUAUUUUCUGGUCAAAAGGGUACCUGUAUGCAUCCUUUGUAAUGUUUUAUGAAUCUGUUGUAAUAAAAUACAUCUUGAAAUCCAA